AUGUGUAAGCGUUUUGUGAAUGGACCGAGGCCUGAUAUUGAGGAUUCUGUGAGGCCACUAGAGAUUAUGCGUUCUCAAUCACUGGUUGAGAAGGCCAUAGAGGUGGAGCUGAUGAAGAACAAGAAGAUGAACCUUGUUGGAACUGGAGGACCGAUGAGGUCGAGUUCUCAAAACUACCAGGGAAUAUGUAAAUUUCAGAGUAAGAAGCCUUAUCAGCGUCCUAGGGGGAGAGGGUAUACCCCAGGAUUUCACAAACCUAUGAACACUAGUACUGUUGGAGGUUCGGGAAAUCAGAUCGUACCCCAGGAUGUGACUUGCUUCAAGUGUGGAAAGUCGGGGCAUUAUGCUAAUGUUUGCACAGACACGAGGCCUAAGUGUUACAACUACAACAAACUGGGACACACUGCCACACAGUGUAGGACACCCAAGACUGAGCUGCCUGUUAACACUGCUAGAGGAAAGCGCUCUGCUACUAAAGCAAGAGUUUACACCAUGGAUGGUGAGGAAGCUGAAGGAGUUGAUGAUUUAAUCAUAGGAGAUUGCGAGAUUGACGGGAACCUCCUAACUGUACUUUUCAAUUCCAGUGCAACACAUUCAUUUAUCUCUAAGGAUUGCGUAACCAUACUGAAUCUCCCUGUUACUGCUUUGAGUUUUGACCUUAUGGUGACUACACCUGCUAAAACCAUACUUGCUAAUGCCGCAUGCAUGCACUAUUCUGUGGUGUAUAGAGGUAGAACAUUUCAUGCCAACCUAAACUUUCCAUACAUUCUAGAUCAGUUUGUCAUGGUGUUCAUUCAUGACAUACGUUCUGUGAUUAAGAACUCAGUUCUUAGUUCUUAA